GGGCCAGCUGGAAGUUCGCAUCAGUCGAGCCGAACGGAGUCGAGCGUUUCCGAAAGCACCCGAGCGCCGGAGGCUGGGCGAGCACACGCUCUCCCCCGCUCACCGCGCAAAAACAACCGUUUCGUUUCUCCUCCUUUUACGUUUUCCUUCUCCAUCCGGCUCCAUCCCGCAUGUCGUGAUCGCCGCGGACGGCCAUGAGGAGGAGUACUGGCUCUUUCCGCGAGUUCUCCACCCAAACAGACGCGUGUGUUUAGGUAUAUAGGGCGCCCGUAGGAUGAGGAUGCCAGAGGACGAGCCUGAGCGGUGAAGACACGCGCAGGGCUGAUGCCUGAUCCCAUCAGACGGAUUAAGUUCGGCACAAGAUGGGCCGAAAGGUCCGAUAAGAGAAACGUGCGUAGCUACAACGGCCGAGAUUCCAGCGAGACGAAGAGGAAAGGCAGAGAGGAACAGAGGAGCAGCAGCAGCAGCAGCCCUGCGCCGCGCCGCACAGCCCCCUGUUAGCCAUAUCCAGUCUCCAGUCUCUCUUUCCGAACGCAGUCCUGCGCACCUGACCACCACACCGAGCCUCUAUCAGUGGAUUAUUUAUCAGGGCUCUCCCAUAAACAGGCAGCAGCUCCGUGCCCCGAUCUGGCAAGGCUCCAUUUAUUUAUUUCAUUGUGCCGCGGCUGUGGAGGGGAAUUAUAGCUACUGUUCGAGGCUCGCGCUGGCUUUAUGGAAAACCCGGAGACAUGACAUGCACACGAAAAAAGAGGAAACGAUAUUUCUCGCUUUCUGAAACCCGUGUGCACGUAAGCUAACCGAAUUACUACACACGGCGUUUCGCACGGACUUCCAUCAUGAACCUGGCUUUGCGUUACAUUGCUCUCCACGGACGUAACCAUCCUGUGCAUUAAUUCAUUAAUUAAUUAAUUUAUUCAUUCAUCUAAUCCUUCUGCUCUCUGCUACUUGGCAAAGGACGUGAAAUCGAUCUUGGAUUACCGGUUGGAUUCAUGUUGGAUCCACUGUGUGAGGUGUGUCGGUGCCAAAAGACACAUUUCCCCCCCUUUUCUGUGUUUUCGAGGCUUGCUAACCGCAACAAGCUCCCGUUCAGGCCCACAGCCGAAGUCAAAGCCAUUGUCUCGGAUAAAGGCUUGAGGAGGACUCCAGGUGUGAGAGGAGGAGACAAAAGGAAGCAGUUUUGAAAAGUAGCUCCAAAGAGAACUGAGCAAAAUGGGGCAAUGCAGAACCAGCUUCUCCUGUUCUAUGUGAGACAACAACAAGAGGCAACCACGAAGACGAAAGACAGCUCAGCCGGAGGAGGCGGAGGAGGAGGAGGGGGAGGAGGUGAUAGAAAAGGAGGAGUUUGUUCCAACGGAGAGGAAGAAGCUCUGCAGUCAGAGCAGAAAGAGGGAUGGCCAACGGAAACGAGAGCAGUGAUGGGCCCAGUAACCCCCUGGCAGCAGUUGUGGCUACCACAGGUGGAAUGGUGGGUGGAGGGCCUUCCUCGGCUGUGUCCACUUAUGUUAAGCUUGUCCUUCUAGGGCUGAUCAUAUGCAUCAGCCUUGUGGGCAACCUAGUGGUCUCUCUACUAGUGUUAAGGGACAGGGCCCUACACAAGGCCCCAUACUAUUUCCUGUUGGACCUCUGCUUGGCUGACACCAUUCGAUCUGCAGUCUGCUUCCCCUUUGUAUUAGUGUCCAUCAAGAAUGGCUCAGCCUGGACCUACAGUGUACUCAGCUGCAAGGUGGUGGCUUUUAUGGCUGUGCUCUUCUGCUUCCAUGCCGCCUUCAUGCUGUUCUGCAUUAGCGUUACACGGUAUAUGGCCAUUGCACAUCACAGGUUCUACUCUAAGCGCAUGACCUUCUGGACCUGCGUUGCUGUGGUGUGUAUGGUCUGGACACUAUCAGUUGCUAUGGCUUUCCCACCUGUCUUUGAUGUAGGUACCUACAAGUUCAUCCGUGAAGAAGACCAGUGCAUUUUCGAACAUCGCUACUUCAAGGCUAAUGACACACUGGGCUUCAUGCUUAUGCUGGCUGUGCUGAUCCUGGCCACUCACGUGGUCUACAUGAAGCUCUUGCUCUUUGAGUAUAAACACCGCAAAAUGAAGCCCGUCCAGAUGGUUCCAGCCAUCAGCCAAAACUGGACCUUUCAUGGGCCUGGAGCCACUGGCCAGGCGGCCGCCAACUGGAUUGCAGGAUUCGGACGGGGCCCAAUGCCACCUACCCUGUUGGGCAUCAGGCAGAACUUGCACAACCAGAACCGACGGCUGCUUGGCAUGGAAGAAUUCAAGGCAGAGAAGCAGCUUGGCAGGAUGUUUUACGUGAUCACCUUGUUUUUUCUGGUGCUGUGGUCACCAUACAUUGUGGCCUGUUACUGGCGGGUCUUUGUGAAGGCAUGUACCAUCCCACACCGAUACCUCUCCACUACGGUAUGGAUGAGUUUUGCCCAGGCAGGGGUAAACCCCAUUAUCUGCUUUUUCCUCAACAAGGACCUGAAGAAGGGUCUGCUGGCCCACCUGCCUCCCUGUUGUAGAACUAAACCUCAACUACCCCGUGAGCCUUACUGUGUCAUGUAAAGACAAAUGUUCAUUCGUUUUCUUUUCUUUACUAUUCUUUCUCUUGGUGUGGGUGACAGUUCAACAGUAAGAAAGGUUUAAAGGUAUUUGAUGAAGGCAUGAGGGACAUUUUUUGUUACUGUGGCCUUUGAUGCAGUGGCGUGAUGCUUUAAAAAGGUGCGUAACAUGGAAAAAAAAAAGCAUCUGCUGUCACCUAAAUGUUCUAUCUUCUUUUUUCUUGCUGAUUUUUAAGGGAAAGGUUUCUGGGCAAAAAUGUGAAUCACUAAAUUAUAUAUAAACAGUCCUGAAUGCUGUUUACCACAAGCAUGAGGGUGCUAUCCUUAAAAACAGGGGGUAUAAUUAUAAUAAAAAAAAACAAAAAAAACAACUGUGUUCAUACCAAACCAAUUAUUUUAAAUGACCAAUUGUAUGAGGAUUGAAUCACAAAUGGCCAAAUGUGACUGAUUCUGUAAAAAUAAACACCUCUCUUUAAAAAUAAACACCUCUAGUGAUAUCACGUGUCAACUAUCAAACCCUUUAAUUGGGCCUGAAGACUUUUAUUCAGCCAGAUAUAUAUAUAUUAGUUAUCAAAACAUUGUUAAUUAACAGCAGAAAUCUACACUCUUCGCACAGCAUUAUUUUAAGGACCAAUUACUGAAGUGCAAAUUGUGCUGAAAUUUUGAGGUAUAUUUUGUGCAUGCAUGUUAUGUUUAAGGAGAAAACGAUGUAUGCAGUCUCCAUGUAAAGCUAAUGCUGAAAGCUUAAUUUGGCCAAAACUGGUACAUUUAUGUUAAUUUUUGGAUUGUCCAAUUAGAAUAAAUAAUAGAAAAUGGGCCGAUUCUCUUAGACGUUACAGAUUAAAGAACAAGAAAUGGUGUUUUUUUGUCUGCUACGUGCACCAAAGACAUCAUUGAUCUGAAGGAAGUAGUUGAAGCUGAUGUCAAAUUCAGUGCAUAAUCACAUUUGGCUCUUAUCUUUAACUGCUUUAAUUAAACGUUCUGCUGUAAUGGCUUAUUGUAUUUAUUUAUUUGUCUUUUUUCAGCUCUAUUUAUAAAUUAAUUUUCACUAAUGAAAGUAAAAAUAUUUCAUUACAAUGCAGAAAAUUACUAAUGCCCUCAAAGUUUAUUUGCCUGAAUCUAGGAACAUGAGCGGUGUCUUGUUAUUAAAACAGAAGAGUUACUGAGGAGGUAGCAUGAAAAAUGUACAGCAUUGUAGUUGAUGUCCUCAAAUGUUUUCAAAUUUAGUACAACAUAACAUGAGUUGACAAAAAAAAGGAAAAAAAAAAGAAAAACGGUGUCGCAAGUAUUCAGAACUUUCGGUUGCCAUUGACAUGACAUGGGCUGAUGACCGAGACGGAGGCAAUGUAGUUAAUUGUUAUUUCUUUUUUCCUUGGGUCAACUAUUUAGAUAAUCAUAAUCGUCACGCCACAGGAAAAAGAUAAAGGUACUUGAAUCUGGAAUAACUGGGUGAAAAUCAGCAUUGACCUUACAGAUAAUACUAUAUAUUAUGAAAUAUGAAACUACCAGAGAAGGAGGUGUCAUUGCAUGAUAUGCUAGUUCAUUUGAAAUUUUCAUACCAAUUACAUUCAAAAGCCAUGGACAUGACAGAAUCAACAUAAUGCAAGAUAUAGUGUAGACUGAGGAAUAAGGAGGGAGCGACAACAGUUUGGAUUGAGAGACUGGAUUAAUACCUUAGUGAAAGGUCAGAUUAUGGGAAAAGAGUUUAUUAAUAGGCUUCACUGGUUGACUGAGUUGUUAGAAUACAGAUACAACGUAAGACUGAAAUAUCAAAUAACGAUCGCGAACAGUGCUUGAACAGAGGAAAAAAGACCGUUUAACAUCAAUUUCUUUUGUUUAUGAUCAUUUAAACUAAUAUUCCAUAAAUAAGUAUUACUGUAAGUAUUAGUUGAUCUAAGUGAAGGAUUUGGGGAUGGGGUGGACAGGGGUUAAAAUAAUUUGCCUGAUAGUAUUUUGCACACAUCUUCAGAAAUUGUUGAUCAGUGAGAUGUUUUGUGGAGAUAAUGCUGACUUGAAGCGGAAUGCUGAUCGAUAUAGGCAGGGACACUAAGAUUGUAAUAUUUAACGAAUGUUACAGAGAGCAGACAAUUGGGAUCUUUCGCGCGAGACAGUCUUCAGAUUGUUGGAGGUGUUCUAACUCCUUCCUGCUCCAUUUUUAGCAACGAAAAACAGAAUAACAAAAAUGAACCAACAGCUACACCAACAACUUAAACUACUGAAAAGGGGGAUAAUGAUUCUUUCUGUUAUCUGCAUUUACUGCCUUACUCUAUUGUCAUGGUUUGAUGUUACUGAUGUUAAGGAUGAUUUAACAGCUGUAUGCCUCUACAGACACUGAGAAAAACAAAAAGAAUGCUGGGGAAAAUUACACUGUGUCUUUGACUAUUGGAGGACAUUCUUCACUCCCCUUCACAACCACACAAACUGAGGUCGGGAAGAAAAAAAAGCAUCAGGAGGGCGAUAAAUAGCUGGAGAAAAAAUGGCCAAAUUGUGACACUGGAGUGUACAAUUUUGCACAGUUCAAUGGAAAGACUUGAAUGCAAAAAAACUUGAUUUCCUGUGGAAUUAAAAGGAACUUCCUUGAUUCUUGUGGAUUUCAUUAAGACAUUUUUGUUUUUUGUUUUUUUGUUUCUUCUUCUUCUUCUUCUUCUUCGUAUCUUUUGGGGGUAGGGGGGAAGGAGACAGACACAGGUUGGCAGUAUUGUGUAUUCUUAUGUGGAAAGGAUUGGAGAAAGAAGAACAAGCACUCACAUUGGUGUUUGGGAGGGAGGGCUUGUGGGUGGGCGAAAAGGGAGUGAUUUUUUUGUAAUGAGCAAAAAUGCCUGGUAGAACAUUUUUAGUUGCUUCAGGCAACCUAUCUUUUGUAAAAUAACUGUGACCUCUGUGCGAUUUCCUGUGUAUUAUAUGGACUAUGGACUAACUACAAGAAAGGGGAGAGGGAGGGACUCUUGGUCAUCAUCUUUUUACUGCGCAUGUGUGAGUGAGUGAUUAUGCUGAGUAUGAAUGUGGGAGAGAACCAGGAGGACUGUGGAUGAAGCCACAUACAGUGUGUUAUGGUGAGCAAAGGACUGCCUGAUGAAAAACACAUAACUUCUGCAGUUGAUCAAGUUUGCUUUCCCAAAAAAUGUUUGUCCUGCCGUAAUAUUGGGAUCAAAUGGACGAAACACAUACAGAGUCAGAGACAUCUCUAAAAGAAGAGAAACAUUUGAAAUAAAUCAGCUGAGACAUGGUACAGUAGUGUGUGGAAAGUUGAGCCAAUAAUUUAGUAAUCUAAGCUACCACCUGCUUUCACUGGACAUAAUUAGGCUUCUGUGGAGGCAGUAUUAAUAUGAACUAGUCACAGAACUGCCACCUUGUGUAAAGUGGGCAGCAUGCAGCAGAUCUGAUUCUUCUCACUGGGUUGAAGAAGAUGUGAAUUACCACUGAGGCAUAGCUAAAGUAGUAGCUCAGUGAUGUACAGCUCUAUACCCCAACGCCCAUAUGACAUAUCUGAAGUAACACCUCUUUGAAGACAGGUUACUGUCUCAUUUGAGAUCUAUAGUCCGCUUUAAAGCACCCAGUACAUGACAAUGGUAGCUGCUUCAAGGCUGCAAGCUGUGCUAUUCCCAUAACCGUUAUCUCCUAUUGUCUGCCAAUGUCAUUGUCACACUGAUUACUGAAAAUAAAUGAAAGAAUAAUUGAAAUGCAAAUGAACAGACAGAAAUAUCAUGCACAAACGAAUGUUGAUAUGCUGGCUUUGCUUCAGUUUUCAAACAGGGUUAAGGCUAAUACAGCAUUUGGGGUGGGAUCUCUGAAUAUCUCUCUUGGACUAAAUUACCAUAUGAGAAUCCCUUUCAGCCUAAGCACUAGGCUUAACCUGCAUCUGUCCAUGAGACCAGUAGGUUUUAGCCAUUCAACCAAAAGUACGUCCGUUUUUAAUGUCACGGUGGGAUUUUCAGUAGAUAAUAAAUAAAAAAUUGCCAGCAAAAUCAUUCAAGAAUCAUACUGUGAUAUGAAACAAACAUUGUUUGUGCAUUAUUUUUGAGGUAUAUAUCUUCAUAAAGGCCUAAAUAUUCUAAUAUGACACUAUACAUCGCACAUUUUAAUUUGAAAACCAGCCUGUCAGCAUGUCUUUAUCUUCGUAUCUGUUAAGUGCCUAUUUUGAUCUGUUUAUUUCAAAGAUGCUUUUAUAUUUCUUUUAACUCUCCAGAUAUUUGUCAUUGAUAGUGCCUAAUAUGCAUCCAUAUCUCACGGAAUCAAUAUCUCAAUAAAACACAGGCAUAUACUUUAAACGACAAUUUCUUAGUCCUUACACAGACUUAACAAAAGUGAAAGUAAGAACAAAAGGCUUGACAAACAAGCCCACACUGCUUGGUGAGCAACGGACUAAACGUACGUGUUAAAGUUCCGUUCAUUAAACUAAAAAUAAAAUCCUUCUUCAAUCAACUUCAAAUACUUCUUUGAUCAACUCAGAAAUUGUUUUUUUUUCAUGAGUGCAUAUUGUAUGAAAAGAAAAAAAAAGGACAAAAUGAGAGAAUAUCAAGCUGGCUGUCAGAUUGAGCUGUCGUGUUCUGUAAAUUAAAGGGUUUUUUCCCCCCAACACAACAAUAAAAGUUUACUUUUGUUGCGUUUUUGACUGUUAA